UCUCGGUUACCUCACCGGCUUCUUAUGUCAGCAAUCAAGCAAGAAGUACCCUUUUGUAUGUGACAACCACCCAAGAUUCACCAAAAGAUACAAUCCAGGCCUGGCCCGUGCUCUUCCCCUCGGACCACAAAAAACUUGGCCCGCAGGAGCAGGAAGCUGCCAGCCUGGGACGGCCUCUUCUCCUGCCUCCUGCCUCCUGCCUCCUGCCUGUGCCUCACCUUGACGCUGUACGCAGGGAAGCGAACGGUAACGAACGCGAAGGGAAGCAGCAGCACAACAACAAGAAACACCACAUCUUUUAUUUGCAUCACGGCUACCUCACCUGACUUUUCCCCUUUCCCCUCGUCUUCCUGGCCUACCUCCAUUGUCCAUUAUUCUUCCUCAUACUCUUCUAGGUAUUCGCUGCCACCUAUCUCGGGUCUGAAUCAUCUUCCACCAAACACGGCACCAACGUUUUCACCGAAAAGGCCCCUUCGGACGCCCUGAAGCAAAACUAUCGCCAUUCUGAAGGUAGAUCAUCAACUCCUAGCUCCACUAUCCAACCCCCAAAGUGGCUCCCCCUCUUCGGCCCUCCCCUGCAGCUUCAUCGUUCCGAAGGCACUCUCGUUUGGCAGUUUGCUGCGUAUUAGCUACGCAACCCACAUACGUUCGUUCACGCAGCUCUAGCCUCUGGCUUGCCCAGCCCGGUCCAGGCCGCCUGAAGCAGCCCAUGUCCGCCGCCAACUGGGAACUGCGACAUCUGAAAAUCAUCGGAGCUUCUACGCAACCCUCCCGCUGAUUUCUUUUUUCCCACCAUUCCCAACCUUGGUCUCGUUCCUACCUUUCUUCCUCAAUAUCCUCUGCGAUACCUCUUUUUACGUUACCCAGCUGACCACUGUCUAUUAUCAGUAGUUCGGCGCAGUCUCGAGUCCUCCUCCACUGCAUCAUCCUCGACGUACGCACGCACGCACGCACCAGUUUUCCCGACUAACGGUACCCUGCGAUAAGGAAAACACCAAAUCACGUCACUUACGCGAGCUGCCUGGUAUUCCCAGACCACGACCUCCGCCAUGGAGGCUUCCAGUGGCUAUGCCAGUAACGGCUAUCCGAAAGCUCCGAAUGGAAAGAUCAACGGCAAGAUGAACGGCCAGGCCGUGACAAUCAAGAGGAGGACAACGCCUACAAGAGGGCCCUCAUUUUUCCGCCGUUCGUUCAACAUCUUGGCGAGGAUUCUGACGUGGUACUCCCUUAUCUCGAUCCUCUUCCGCUGUCCCGCAAACCUCGAAGCUUGCGAGGAGUCAUCCCCAAAGAUUUGCAAGCCCUACUUCCAGCUGAAGCAGGCUGUAUUACCUCAUGUCGAGCCCUAUUAUGAUACCUAUGCCGCCCCCUACGUCGAGAAGGCUGCCCCCUACUACGACAUCGCCAACGAGAGGGUCUUCGCCCCUACCAAGGCUUAUGCCACCAAGUACGGCGCCCCUCGUCUCCAGCAAGCCCAGUUGUAUGGCCAGGCACAAUGGGAGAAGAACAUCCAGCCGCAGUUGUCCGUCUACCAAAAGUUGGCCCAAGACAAGUAUGAUCAGACAGUUGCACCUCACGUUGCCAAGGCCUCCACCACCGUCGGCCCGUACUACGACAUUGCGCGCACAAGUGCUCUUCAAACCUACCAUGAUGUCCUCUUCCCCUCGUACCAAUUCGUACAGCCUUACGCCGCCCAGGGCUACGCCGUCGCCUCUCAGUUCACCACCGAAACGGCUGUCCCUUCUGCCUACUGGGCAUGGAACAAGACCUACAGCUUCCUCGAUGCCACUGUUUGGCCCCAGUUCCGGGUUUUGUACAUUGAGAAUGUCGAGCCUCAGCUAGCUAGGAUUGGACAGCGUCUCGGCCGCUACAAGAACAAGACCAAGGGGUCGCUCGAAAACGUCUCCGAGAGUGGUUCUGCCAAGGCUUCUUCCUUCACAAAGCCCGCGGCCUCUACCGCCUCGUCUCUUUCCUCGUCUGCUUCUUCGGUAGUUUCAUCGGCCACUGAGAAGGCGUCCACGGCCAUUGAGAGCGCUCAUAUUCCCGACGCAUCCGAGGUGGCCCAACACGACCACUCUGAGCAGGUUCACGCGCCCCCGCCUGGCGAGAAUGAGUCCGACAUUCGCAAGAUCGCCAGAGAGACUGUUAUCGAAGACCUGAGCAGCUGGCAGGCCAAGUUCGCCAAGGCAGCUGACGAGGGUGCUUCUGAAAUCGAAGAUCGCGUCGAGGAGAUCUCCCAGCGCGUCAUCAAGGAGAGAGCGCAUGGGCAGGGCAGAACCCUUGUCACCGAGCUUCAGGAUGCUGCCAAGUCUGAGGUUGAUGCUCUGCAAAAGCAAAUCAUUAAGCUCGUCCAGAAGUCUGUUGAUGCCCCGGAAUCCGCCCAAGAUGAGCUGCUCGCCAGUGUCCGCAAGGCUGGUCUCAACGUCAAGGAGAAGGCUCAAAAGAUCCGUGCCUGGAAGGCCGAGUACGAGGCUGAAAUCGAAAGCUCCGUCUCUGAGGCGGCCGAUACCCACUUCAAGAUCCUCGAGAGUAUUCGCGACCUUGCCCUUCAGCGUAUUGGAAUGAAGUGGGCAUGGAUGGACGGCAUCACCUACAAAGAUUGGGCCAAGUACCACGAACUGAAGGACCGCUUCGCCGAGUGGAUGAGCGAUCUGAAGAAGCUCAUCAUCACUCACCCCGGCCUAGAGGCAGCCCGCGAAGCUUCUAACGAAGUUGAGGAUUCCGGUAUGGCUGUCGCACAAUCUGCAGCCCAGGAACUCGCGAGGCUCAAGCAGGUUGGUCUCUGGAAGCUCGCCGCAAAGGACUCCUCCGACAACUUUGACAGUGAGACGGCGCGCCUCGCUGUCGAGGAAGCCGAUCGUGCGCGUGAAGCUGAGGUCGCCGCCGCUGAGGCCGCCAAGGUUGCCGAGGCCUCUGCCUCUGAGGCUGCCGCCACCGCUUCCGAGGCAACUUCUACCCCCGAGGAAGACCCUCUGGAAUCAGCCGCCAGCGUCAUCGAAGAUGAGUCCCCCGCUUCCGACCUCAACUCGGCCGGGGCCGCAAGCUCUGUCAGCAGUGUCGCCAGCGAGGUCAAGGAAAGUGUGAGCAGUGCCAUUCCCGCUGUUUCUUCCGCUGUGUCCGAGUCCGUCAGCAGCGCCGCUAGCCAAGUCUCCAGCGCUGUGUCCGGUAGCUCUUCCAGCGUUGCUUCGGAGCCCGACCUGGCGUCCACCAUCAUCCCGGGUCAGGACCAGACCUACAUCGUCGCUAACGAUGGAACGUCGCCUGCGGGCGAUGAAGAGAAUGCCGUGCCUGGAGAGAAGCUGGAAGAGGAGAUCAUCUCUGAGUCCGUCGAGGAUAAGCCCGUUGCUGCCGCCACCGAAUCUGUGAAGCCGGCUUUCCUGGGAGCUGCCGCCCAAUCCGUGCCCAGCCGGGUUCCCAUCUUGGAUGACGACGAAGACGAGGAGAGUAUUUCUUCCAGAGCCCAAGAGGCCUACUCCGUCGCUGUCUCCAAGGCAUCUGAGCAGUACUCGUCCGCCAGCGCCGCCAUUUCCAUUAAGAUAUACGGCACCCCUCAACCGACGGCUGAGAAGCUCGUGGCGUCUGCCUCUGGUAUCUACGCAGCUGCCAUCGCGUCAGCGAGUGCCAAGUAUGACGAAGCUGUCAAGGCCGCCUCGAAUGCCCUUUACGGCACCGUGGCUCCCAAGCCUACUCCCUCGUACGACUGGUCCAGCGUCAAGGCUAUCGCAAUGCAGCGUUUGAACGAAGGACGUUUGGCGGCUGAGCAGCAGUACGAGAGCGCCAAGAUUAAGCUUGGCCUCGCCACCGCCACUCCCACUUCCACCGUCGACAAGCUUCUCGAGCAGGCCAAGUACAACUACUACGCCGGCCUCGGUGUGGCUCACGCACGUUACUCUGAAUUCAUGGCCGCCGCUUCGGCUGCCAUGAGCUCCGCGACUGCUACCUCCACCCCGACUAACAUUGCCGGCACCGCAUCUUCGGCUGCAUCCUCAGCUGCAUCAGUUGCCACUCGCUCGGCUGAUGCGGUGGCCUCCGGCGCGCAAAAGGAAGCCAUGGCUGUCGCUUCUGCGGUCAGCGAUGGGUUCUCGGCGGCUGCUUCCAUCGUCAGCGAUUCCGUGUCCGCAGGCGUCCAGGAGGUUGUCGAUGCUGCGCAGGCCAUUGAGAAGGGUGUUUCCGACACCUGGGAGGCUGUUGUCAGCCGCGCCAGCGUUCAGAUCUACGGCAAGCCCACUCCCACCGCAUGGUACGAUAACGCCUAUAGUGGCGCCGGACAGUACGCCUCGCAGGCUACUGCCGCUGUUGUCGAGAGUCUCGCUGCCGCGCAGGUCCAAGCCGCCAAGCAGUACGAGGACAUGAGCAAGCUCGUCUCUGAGCUUCUCGUGGGCAAGGAGCCUACCGUUUCCGAGAGCGUCCUGGCUCGCUUGCAGGCUGCCUAUUCCACGGGCAUCGCCUCUGCUGCCAGCAUUGCCAGUGCUGCUUCCGCAACUGUGUCUUCCGCUGCCUCGGCUGUGACGGAUGCCGUCAAGGAGACCGUUCAGCACGUCCGCGAUGAGUUGUAAACGGCUCAUAGCACAUCCAACACCUCCUGAAAUACCAUGAACACAUACGAUUGCAUGAGUAAUAGCACACGAAAUCAUCUCAAACCCCCCCACCUCCCGCCUGAAGAGGCAAAUACUUCCAUCACGCUCUUUUACGUACCAGAUACCCUCGCGCCUCGAGUAUCGUGGCCGACUAGUCUCAAAAUUUUUCUUUUCUGUCCUGCCCCCAUCUGGCUACUUUGUAGCGCCGGUUCUGAGCCAUCGAAAUUGUUGUUCGUCGCUACGUUUCUUCACAAAAAGACGUUUAGCAUCUGAUUCCUAUUUCACGCGUUGGAGGUGGAAGAGCAAAGGAGGAAAGUAAGGUGAAGACGAGGCUGGCUUGUGGUACGAUGUGGCAGGGCACGGAGCUGGCGUUUUGACAGUGGGAAACUGGGAUCGCGGUUCUUUGGGGAUACAAUGACCGGCUGGCCCAAUACUAUUUCACUUUUACGUUUAUGUAUGCUCACGUGUUAUGUCUGUCUGUAUAAUUACAGUUUGUGAAAAGAAAAGAUUUGACUUGAAUGGAGCACUGCGUGUGGAUGAUUGACACGAUGAAACUCUCGGGCGGGUAAGACGAACGGCGCGCGUGAGUCCAUGGUGAAAUACCCACAUUUGCCGGCAAAGAAUAUUGUCUUGAAAAUCUCAUCUGUCGACAUGGGAUAGGCUCACUUUAAG